AUGGCCAUGGAGCCGCAGGACCAACCGUACCAGCAGAGCCUUGCUCAGUCACAGGCGGGCGGCGGUGGGGUAUCUGUCCGCAGCAGGUCGUCCAGCGUCGUCUCGACCAGGACGGGAGUGACCAUCACCACCCUACAGGAAGACACCAGGAGCAUUCGCAGCAUGGAGCUCGUCGUGGGAGGCCGCAUCUUCAGGAUCAACCGGGACGGCUCCAGGAUAACGGAGCAUCCAGGCCUGCCGCCAUACACUGCUGCGCCCCCCGAGUACUCCAGCCUGGACACGAACCUGGCUACAGGGAGCAACAACGAGCUGCCGGCCCCUAAUAUCCCGGACUACCAAACCAUAGCAUGGCCGCUCAACGAGCGUGACUAUCACCCUUUGAUGAGGCAGCGUGUUCCAUCCGUCAGCCUGACACAGGAUAGGUCUGAAGAGCAUGCCGGUGCUGGCACUGACGCUCCCGGACCACAGGACAACGAUCUACUUACGGCCGAGCUGCCGGGGACGCCAGUUGAGCGCGAGAGAAGAGGGUCAGCAUCGGGAUCGAGUUCAGGACUUGUUUCUCGAGCUCACUCGUUCGUCCCAGGGCCUGAGAAGAUCACCGUGGUAGCGAAACGACGCUCAGUAUCAGAAAGCAAUAUCCAGGCCAACCUCCGUCCUAACGCCCAUCAUACCAAUGCUAACAACACCAACCAUAACAUCCACAGACACAACCACAACUUCUUACGACGCCGGAAUGGAAUCCGUCUCCCCCAGCUGGACACAGGCAUGUCCUUUGAGUCUCUACGCAACGCCUUCUCCAUCAACCCAGCCCCUGCAUCCAGCCCUCGCAUGACCCAUUCUGCUGGCCCCAGCAUAGGAAGAUCCAGCGACAUCUUCCACCCUUCUCCGACCUACAACAGCAAUAUUAACAGCAACACUACUAGUACGGCCGACCACUGGCAGUCCCACUCCACUGUCUCCCGCGGCCGCUCACCUCCCACUACACCCCGAGUAACCCGCAGCCCCAUGCUGGCCGUCCCCCAGGGCCCUCCCACCGUCGAAGAAGGCUAUGCGGACACAGACGAGCCGCCAGCCAUGGACACCGAGAACGAAAUCAGCAUCCACUUCUCCCGCAUGAUCCGCAGCAUUGACCGUGAACACCGGCGUGUGCUUCAUCAGAAGUGUCGUGAGCUAGCCGAAUUGCGCGAGCGCCUGAAUGAAGUCGACCAGGUCUACCGCAAGGAGCUGAGGUCGCGCGACUUCAUCAUCGACGAGCUCCGACAUACGAUCAACUUGCUGGAGUUCCAGACGGAGGCGAAGAUCGAGCGGGCCCGGAACGAGGUCGAGGAUAUCUGGGAGCAGCGCUGGAAGGACCAGGAGAAGCUCUUGCUGGAUAUGCAGCGGAGAGUAAGCCAGGCGGACCUCAGCAGGCUUGUGGGACGCAGGAGAGGAGGGAAGGUGACUUCUACUGCUCAUGGGCCGGCUAUGGCAUUCUACAUACAACAUCUACACCAUCUGCUAGCUAGCGUUUUCAUAUCAACACAUCCAGCGGCGGAGUUGUUGGGACAAGAGCGGAUAUCUACUAGCUGGUCUAUGUAUCUCGGCUUCAAUGUAUUCUUUUCAUUCUUUUCUUCACUUCUUCUUCAUCAUCCUGUCUGUCCAUCUCGCAAGGUGGUAGAAGUUGCAUCACUGUGCAUCCCCAUCCUCGACCUCUGCUCAAUCAGCAUAUCCCCAUGUUCAGACACGAAUAUCUCAAUGCGCCAUGCAAGAAACCCGUCGCUCGAGCCAGAUCCAUGCAUGCACGGAGGAGCUGCUGGCCCCUUUUCUCGCUUCCUAUUGGCCCUCCUCCGUGUCUCAGGCCAGCGAACAGAGAAGAAGGAAAAAGAACAUCCGGGCGGGACGGUGUUUAUAUUUAACAACCUGCUAAAAAGCCCUGCAGAUAAACACCCGGGCAAGAUAUGCAGAUUUCCCCCCGCCGCCAGCACAGCCAGAUACCACCGCCUGCCGCCGACCUCAUCGGAUAAGAAGAAGAAGAAGAAGAAGAAGAAGAAGAAGAAGAAGAGAAGGACCGAGAGAAGAGACGGCGUUGCGUUGUGCGUCGAUACAGCUGGUUGCAUACGUUGCAGCGACCUGCCGGCUGCUCAUGGUUGCAGAGCUGUCACCCCAAGGGACAGUCGCUGUCUGCUCGAACAACCCAUAACCGGCCUGGAUACGCCUGAUUGCAUUCGACUACCUGGUCCAAGAUGGCUUCCGGGGACAAGGAGUACCGGCCGAUGGUCACUUGGAUGUACGACCUGA